GACAAUGGAGAGACAGCAAAAGUAAGUACAACAUGCUUUACUCAAAAGGAAUCCCAAUUAUUAUUAUUUGUAAAGUAUUUAUUCCAGUUGCCACCUGGAUUAUAUUGUUUCUACUUAGGGUUCCUCCUCAGUCUGCCUUCCAGAAGCUUCUGCUUCUGCUGGUGCUACUGGGUAACUCAUGCGGUUGCUGUGGCCUGAGCUGGUCUCUGAGAAAAUUACCCUGUAAAAUCUCAAUCAACCAAUCACAAGUCUUCGACUGCUCAAACAGAAAGAUAUCCAACAUACCCACAGGAAUUGGCUGGAACGCCACGGACCUCACGCUCUCCGGAAACCUCAUCGAGAAGAUCUCCGCCGCCUCCUUUUGUAACCUUCAGAAUCUAGAAUUUCUAGAUCUAGGAUUCAACAGACCCAAAUCUCCCAAGCAACCACUGAAGAUAAAGAAAGACACAUUCUCAGGGAUGAGGAAGCUGAGAGAACUGCAUCUUAACGGCAACAGCCUUCACACUGUUCCAGGGGGCCUCCCUUCUGGACUGCAGUUCCUAAACCUAAACUCCAACUUCAUCACCAAGGUGAAACCAGGAGACUUCAAAGAUACCCCAAACAUUACGGUCCUCCAUUUGGCUGCCAACUGCUACUUGGGGAGUUGUGGUAAAAAGUCCCUGAAAAUUAAAAAAAAAUCCUUGGUUCAUUUAAGGUAUCUGAUGAACCUGACGCUGUCCUUCAACCGACUGAAGGCGAUUCCUCGGUGCCUCCCGCUCUCCCUCCUCUCACUUAAACUCAAGCUAAAUACUAUUGACCGUAUUCACGCUGGCGACCUGAGGAACCUGGUGAACCUGAAAUUACUGGAUCUGUCGGGUAACUGCCCUGUCUGCGCUAACACGCCUUUCUUCUGCCAGCCGUGUGAAACACCCAACGGAGAACUGCAGAUCCACCCGAAUGCCUUUGCUCCUCUUGCUCACCUGGAAGAGCUGAGGCUGUCGGGGAACUCUCUCCGAAGCGUACAGCCUUCCUGGUUUCAGAACCUAACCAGUCUACAGUACCUCUACCUCGCAUUCAACUUUCUCAUUGGUGACAUGGCCACGGGGGACUUCCUCGCCAUGUUACCACGAGUGGAGGUGAUGGACCUGUCGUACAACACGGACGAAUCGUAUUCCCACAAUUUAAACCUAUCAAAGAGCUUUUCCAAACUGACCUCUCUGAAGACGUUACACUUGGAGAGCUACGUUUUUUUCCAUCUCUCUGAAAACGAUUUGGAGCCCCUCUACAGUUUAACCAAUUUGUCCGUGUUAAAUUUUGCCACCAACUUCCUCCUAAGGGCGAACCUCACUCUCUUCAACAAGUUCCACAAUUUAAACGUUGUAGACUUGUCGGAAAAUCGACUGUCCUUCCAGUCUCCGAGUGCCGAUGCUUUGUCUGCGUGCGAGUCUGGCUGUAAAUCGAACUCAGUAAGACGCCGGUUUCACCCUUACAUUCACAAAGACCAACUCUACCGCCGGUUCCCUCCCAGCAUUAAACCAGAGUGCUCUGCAUAUGGGCCCGUGCUGGACUUAAGCAGAAACAACAUCAUAAGCAUCGACCCAGAAGCAUUACAGGGACUAGAAAACACCGCCUGUCUCAACCUCUCCUUUAACUUUAUCGGGGACAUGUUCAAUGGUAGUCAGUUCUUACAUUUCCCAAGACUGAAGUACUUGGACAUCUCCUAUAACAAGCUGUACAUGCGCGACAGGGAUGCCUUUAGGGAACUUCCAGAGCUGGAAGUGCUGGAUCUGACUGGUAAUGCCCACUACUUUCUGAUGAGUGGUCUUAACCACAGCCUGAAUUUCCUGGACCUCCUGCCCUCUCUGAAAACCCUGAACCUGAGCUGGAACGAGAUCAGCACCCUCACAGACAAGCAAAUGUCCAGUAAGUCUCUUCAGGAGCUCAACUUCAGAGCCAACCGAUUACACAUCAUGUGGAAAAGGAAGGGCUAUUACAAUCUGUUUCAAAACUUAACCAACCUGACCACCUUGGAUUUGUCCCUCAACAAGCUUUCCCAUAUCCCUAAAAUGGUGUAUGACUACCUACCCAAGACUCUUAGACGGCUUAGUCUGAGUGGGAACCGGAUGAAGGCCUUCAGGUGGAACAUGCUCCAACAACAACUGUACUUAGAAGAACUGGACUUGAGUUUGAACCAUCUUGAGUUUGUUGUGGAGAACUUGUCAAACUCGUCUUUGAGGCGGCUGGAUUUGAGCCACAACCGGAUUUCACAGCUGGCCCCUGGUUUCCUUAAACAAGCCGGGAGCCUCUGGGAUCUUGAUCUGAGCAGCAACAAGCUCCAGCUCAUCAACCAGACUACAUUCAAGUGGGAUAGUGAGAACUACCUCGGCCGGCUGUCCCUGUACAACAACCCCUGGCGCUGCACCUGCGACCUGCUAUACUUCCACCUGUGGAUGAGGGAGAAUGAUGUGGAGCUCCCUCUACUGGCCACUAGUGUGACCUGCCACUUUCCCCAAGAGAUGAGGGGCAAGUCUGUGUUGACGUACGACAUACAGGCCUGUGUUAGCGACGACAAAGCAAUGGCCAUCUUUAUCGUCACGUCUUUUCACAUCAUUCUGCUUCUGUUUGCGUCCGUCACGGCGCGUCUGUUCUACUGGGACCUGGCCUACGUACUCGAGUACGCUCUGGCCAAGCUCAAGCAUCGGCGCCUGCCGUCGCCGGGCUACGCCUACGACGCCUUCGUCAUGUACGACACCAAAGACCCACUGGCGUCCGACUGGGUCCUCAACCGCCUGAGGGUGGAGCUGGAGGAGCGAGGCGAGAGAGUGCGCCCCCUCUGCCUGGAGGAACGAGACUGGCAGCCGGGCGCGCCCGUCCUGGAGAACCUGUCGGCCAGCGUGCAGAGGAGCAGGAAGACGGUGUUGGUGAUCACCGAGGGCUUCCUCUCGCACGGCGUCGUCCGCAUGGCCGCCCUGCUGGUGCAGCAGCGCCUGGUGGAGGAGGGCGUGGACGCCCUGGUGCUGGUGCUGCUGCAGCCCGGCGUCCUGCGGCGCUCACGGAUCCUCCACCUCCGCCGGCGUCUGUGCCGGCGCAGCGUCCUGGAGUGGCCCAGGCCGGCGCACCCGGCGGCCCAGCGCUGGUUCUGGCACCGGCUGCGGAGGGUCAUUCACCAGGACCGCAGGGCCACUCACGCUCAGCUGCACGGGACCUACUUCACAGGGCAGUGAUGUCACAAAGGCGAGAGGGCCGGAGAUAGGUCAGACUGUGAUUGCACCCACUAUGGGGGUUCCCCACCACUGUCGUUAGAACAAUAUAACUAACAGGCCUUAAUAAUAA